GUCGGGAGUGGAUAACUGACAAGAACAAAGCCAGAAAGCUGCAAGAGCCACUGCAGACUUUAGACAAAGAGAAGGAACGGUGAGCUAGAAUCUCCAGAGCGUCCUCAGACUGAAUUGAAAUGAUCCAGCCUGGAAAUGGUUGAAAAGUGAAAUAAGAAAUAUUGAAAGAAGUAUUCGGUGCCAAAGAAAACAGAUAUGAUGAAGCCCGAGUUCUCUUACUUUUCUGUAUAUUGUUUGUCCUUUCUUCUUCUGCAAGUGGUGAUAUCUUCAGAGAAGUUGAUGGUAACUACUCCCAAGAGACACGUAUUAGCUAGAGUAGGGGGCCAGGCUGAGCUCAGCUGCCAGGUGACCCCGCCACACAGCACAGAGCAUAUGGAGGUAGGCUGGUUCAGGAGUGGCCACUCCCAACCUGUUUACCUGUAUAGAGGUGGCCAUGAACGGAUCGAGGAAGCUGCACCUGAAUAUGCGAAUCGCACAGAGUUUGUGAAAGAGGCCAUUGGGAAGGGCAAAGUGGCCCUCAGAAUCCGUAAUAUCAGCAUUUCAGAUGACGGGCUUUACCGAUGCUCAUUUAAUGACGAUGGCUUCAGUGACGUGAACCUCAAUGUGACGGCUGUUGGACUGGAGACACAGAUAUAUAUUCAGGCUCCCGAUGCUGAUGGGGUCAUGGUGGAGUGUAACUCAGGAGGAUGGUUCCCAAAGCCUCAAAUGCAGUGGCGAGACAGCAGGGGGCAAGCCCUUCCACACUCCUCAAAGUCAUAUUCCCGGGAUGAAGCCAGACUUUUCCACCUGAAGAUGACUCUUUUCCUCACAAACAGGUCACAGGGCACCGUUACUUGCUGUAUUUUCAACCCUGUAUCAGGUGAAGAGAAGCAGACCAGUAUCAUCCUAGCACAUGACCUCUUUAAUCGAGACCACAUUUGGAUGAGCAUUUUAGUUUUCAUUGCAUGUAUAAUGCUUGCUGUAUUUGUGAUAUUCAUCGGCUUCUUUGUAUAUCUGAAGUAUAUUGGUUACUUUUGGAUAGGACCAGGGUCUUCAUCUGGAUGCUUACCUAAAUGUCUUCAUGUAUUGAACUCAGGCCCUGUUCAAAUACUGAGUUUCUUAGCCUGUACCGUGGUACUCUUUGCUGUGUAUCUGCCAGUCCGGAAGAGAGUCUCUCUUUCAGAUCCGCAGUUUUCCUUAUACAACAACUGGAUGACUGAAUUGCUAAUUGUGAUAAUUUUCCUGACUGUUUGCUUUGUCUUACUAAUCACCGCCUUAUUAUUAAAGCAACGUACAUCUUCACCGACGUGUCUGACAAAACAUGAGAAGAACAAUGAUGACAUCAUGGACAGCCAUACUGGACUGGAAAAAGCCCAUGAUGUCUCAAUCCUACAUACUGAAUUAUAAGCUGGGAGCAGAAGUGAUUUCCACUGGGAAGAGCAACCAAUUGAUUGUCCAGUGCCAAAUUAUCAGCCCUGAAAACAUAUACUUGCACAAUCUGAAACACGAAUAAUAUGUUUAGGAAUAUAUGUAUAUAUGCAUGUAAUAAUAUAUAUAUACAUGUAUAUUCAUGUAAUAAAAUUAUUGAAAAAAGAGACCAUGAAUUUAAAGGAGAGCAGCAUGAGUUACAUGGAAAUGUUUGAAGGGAAGAAAGUGAAAACAGUGUUAUUAAAUUAUAAUCUCAAAAAAAUUUUAAAGUCUUAUUAAAAAAGAAAAAGAUAAGAAAGAUCAUGACUUUAAUUUACAUCUAAUAUACCCCACUCUAUGGAUCAUUGUUACCUAAUGUUCCCCUGCUUCUGUGGCAAAACAAGAUGCAUGUAGAAGAGGAGUUUUGCUUAAGUAAUAUAUUAGUAACCUAAGGGAAAACUUCAGUUUUCUCUUCCAUGAGUAACUUUGUUUUUACUCUAAGUGUGCUGUCCCAGAGGGCUCAGGCUUCUGUAAUGCUGUCCUUUUCACCAGUAACUCACAGAGCCAUUGCUGUGCAUUUGAGGAGGUUUUUACAAACCUUCUUUCUUUCAACAUAAAGAACAAUUUUCCUA